AUGUCGGCAUCCAGUCCCCCAGACCGCGAUCUCAUUGAGGAAAAGCCACCCUUGUCUCACACUGUCUCUGCCGGUGCAAUCUCCAUUAGCCCUGAGCUGUUCGAGAAGCUCUACCUUACUCCUAAAGUGCCUCAUGCCGGGGAUAAUAUCAAGCGCUUCGCCAAUCCAACGCCUCUGGGCUUUGUCGGCUUCGUCAUAUCGACCAUGACCUUCGCCAUGGUUAUGAUGGGAUGGGGAGGUGCAGAAGGACUCAGCCCAGUCGUUGGAAUCUUCUUCUUCGUCGGCCCCGUGCUUCUGAUCCUCACCGUCAUUUUCGAAUGGAUCAUGGGCAAUUUCUUCUCCAUGAUGGUCUGCGGCCUCUUCGCGGUGUUUUGGCUGAGCUUCGGCAUGCUGCAACUCCCCACGCUCGGCCUCGCGGCCCCGUACUCGACCAGUGGCACCAACGCCGUCGUCGGCGCCGCGAGCAAAGAGUACAACGCCGUCAUCGCCUUGUACCUGAUCGUCUGGGGGUUCGCGCUGUUCACGUACUUCAUCUUCACGCUCAAGACGAACGUCAUCUUUGCCUCCAUCUUCCUCUUCGUCACCCUCGGCGCCUGGGUCCUCAGCGGCGCCUACUGGAAGGUCAGCAAGGGCGACUACGAAACCGCGCAUACCUUGCAAGUGACCGGCGGCGCUCUCUUGUUCAUUGUCGGUUGCCUGGGUUGGUACAUGUGUUUUGUCAUGAUGGCCGCGGAAAUGCGCAUGGCUAUCAACCUCCCUGUCGGGGACCUUAGUCACUUCUGGCCGAGAACAGACCUGGAGAUGGGCAAGGCCGAGAAAGAGGCGUAAUCAAGAUGGAUGGAGCAAGGAAAGACGGGUGGCGGUGUGGAGAUGGGCAAGGGUGAGAAAGAGGCAUCAGAGGCAUAAUGAAGAUGGAUGGAUCAACGAAGACGGGUGGCGGUGUGUGGAGAUUGGUGCUCCUAAAGUGACGCAAGCUAAGCUUGACACCUUGAAGAAGUUUGACGAGCUUUCCAUCGAGCAGAGAGCAGAUAGCGACGGUCCAGAAAGUCAGGUGGAAACGAGAAGGGGU